CAGGAAGCGAUGUUGUAACAACAAAUAGUCCUCCCUGAUCGCAGGGACAUCAACGAUAAGUGAAUUUGGGGGUAAACUUGACAUCUCCUUCACAUCAGUCAUGUUUAAAGCUGUGGGACAAGCGCUGUUCUCUACUGGACUACAAAAUCCAAAAUUCACUGCAGCGGAGAAACAGGGACAGGACUAUGAGAUCCGCACCUACCACGCCACGAAGUGGGUGAGCACCACCCUGAGCAGUAUGCAGUGGGACCCAGCAUUAAACACUGGUUUCCGCAGACUUUUCAGCUACAUACAAGGCAACAACAAAAACAAGGUGAAAGUGGAGAUGACAGCUCCUGUUACAUGCCGUGUGGACCCAGGAGCCGGUCCUGCAUGUGAAUCUCAAUUUACUGUGUCCUUCUACAUCCCGGAGGAGCAUCAGGACAAUCCACCAGAGCCAAGCGACCCUGAGGUGUUUUUGGAGAACAGGGAAGAGUUUACAGCUUAUGUCAGGACGUAUGGAGGGUUCUCCAAUGAGAACAUUAAGCGCCAAGAGUUACUGAAACUUCUGGAGAGCCUGAAGAGAGAUGGCGUCCCUUUUGUGGACAAGCCGUUCUAUGCAUGUGGGUACGACAGUCCCUUUAAACUGACCAACCGCAGGAACGAGGUGUGGGUGCUCAAGAAGGAGCAGGAGUAGAAGAUUUAAAGGCCAAACCCAACAAUGCCAGAGUCACAUUUUGUAUAAAUAUUACAUAAUCCUCAUGACUUGAUAACAUUCAAACAUCUCUAAAGCACUUAUUGGUCACCAAAGAGACUGAAAAUCCUAAAUACAGUAAUAGAUGUAUGAAGCUUUAACUAACAACCAACAUUUAAAAACACUUAAAGCUGUCUUUCUUGUUGCUUUAUUGCCUUUCACUAAAAGUUACUGAAUGACAGAGUCACUGAAAGUCUCCAUAAAGAGAGGCUUAAACAGUUACAAAUAAAGCUGGAUGCAGUGUCACAACCUGUCCAGCAGGUGGGGCUAAAUAUCCAGGAAAUAUAUUCCUCCUGUUAAGUACUUAAUGACAAAAACCACAAGUGCCUCUUCAUUGUUUUAUGAACUACUUUUUAAAAUUGAACUUAUUUUCUUCUUCAUUUGUUCACAUUGAUCAAUAGUAUGUAUUCCGUGAUUGUUAAAGGAAAGUUAUAUUUUUCUUUACAUAAUCUCAAUGUAAAAAGACAAGGCAGGAUGAUUAUAUAAAGGAUAAUUUCACAUUUUCAACUCUGCUUAGAGCACCUCUAACAUGACUGAGCUAUAUUUAUAAAGCAUUUCCAGCUACUGGUACAUAUCUGUUUCUUGCGCUGUAAGGCGAUCAUUUUGAUGAAAUUCUAGGUCAAAUUAUUUAAAAAAAACAUCCAAGGGCUUCAUUUUGUGGGACAAAAUACUUUUAAGAUAAGCCUAAAAGGGAAAAAAGCAAUAACACUGUUGAUAAGCAUUAAAAAAGUGUUAAUAUAUUCUCUGGGUUUUGUGAUUUAGCUCUAUCAAUCUUAAAAGCAAUGUUGGAUUUGCACUACAAAUAUUGAAAAUUUCCUAAGAAGUUGUAUUUUUACAGCCAGCAUAGACAGUAGGAACCACCGUAGUGACAUAACACUUUAAGUCUUUUAAUAGAAAUGUUAAUUAUCCUGAGAUAAACUUGAAUUAUGUGGAAUAAUCCUUUAACUAAGGAGGUCACCUGCAGAGUGUGACAGCAGCUAUUUUCCCCACCUGUCACUCUGUGGUCUUACUGUGAAGGUGACUCUGCCCGCCUGCCUGACAGACAAAAUGUUGGUAAAUCUCAGUUUGUCUGAUUUCAGUCCUCACUGUCACAACGAGAUACGAGGAGGGCUGAAUCACAGUAAAUCCAGACCAGAAGAGUCUGCAUCACUCAAAAACACCCCCCUACUGAAUUAUCAAGGUGAUAGUUUCUUUCCUGUGGUGUUUUAAACUGAGAUUUACUAACAUGUUUGGUACAUGAGAGUUGCCAAGCUAACACACUUUGACUUUGAAAGUUUACCUCCUUUUCAACCAUUGAAUCAUUUUAAUCAUUUUAUCUACAGCUCAUGAUGUAAUGGAACCUGUUUACUGACAAAGAAGGGAUACUAUGAGGAACAUGGAAAGGAUAUAAUGACACUGCAUUAUAAAACAUAUAAAUAUUUUUUAAAAAUGUUAAAUUGUUCAUUUUUCAAUAAUAAAUAACUCAACACCAA